UUGUGAAAAUAGACAGAGGGACAUUUAUGAGAUAAACGAAAGUUAUGUGGCUGAGGACGCUGCUGACCAUAAGCUUUGGUCAUGUGAUUUAACACCACAUCAGUCCAACAUGGCGGCUACGUCGGUCUUCCACAGAGUGAGAGCAGGAUCCAAGAUAGGUGCGCAGUAUGACCAAGAGGGCAACCUCAUUCAGGUGGAAACACGAGAGGAUGAAGAGCAGAGUGUUAAGCUUGCAGAGAUCCUGGAGCUCCUGCUGGCAGCUGGAUAUUUCAGAGCCCGAAUCAAAGGCCUGUCCCCUUUUGACAAGGUGGUUGGUGGGAUGACCUGGUGUAUCACCACAUGUAACUUUGACAUUGAUGUGGAUCUACUUUUCCAAGAAAACUCCACAAUCGGCCAAAAAAUAGCCCUCACCGAGAAAAUAGUGUCUGUUCUUCCGAAGAUGAAGUGCCCUCAUCGCCUGGAGCCCCAUCAAAUCCAAGGGCUGGAUUUCAUUCACAUCUUUCCAGUCAUACAGUGGCUAGUGAAGAAAGCCAUAGAGACCAGGGAGGAGAUGGGUGACUAUGUGAGAGCCUACUCCAUAUCUCAGUUCCAGAAAACUCACAGCUUCCCAGAGGAUCAAGAUGUUCUCCACAGGAAGGACAAGGCCAUGGCAGCUGUUCGAGAUGUGUCGGAAGUGUACAAACCACAGAGGAAAUAUAAGAGGCAGGUGGACGCAGGGGAGCUUUUGGAUGAGGAGUCUAGGGUUCACUCUACACUUCUGGAGUAUGGCAGGCGCUAUGGAUUCAGCAAGCACUCUAAACAGGAAAAAGUGGAUGAGCAGAAGGCCUCAUUGGCUGCUGGCUCUCAGACAACUUCUUCUGGAGGGACAGAUGUGUCGGAGGAGGAGGACCUGCAGGCCGCAGAGGAGUUGCACAUAAAAACUCUGAUGACCAACAUGGCUGCAAUGGCAACAGAGGAGGGGAGGCUGACUGCCAGUGCAGUGGGUCAGAUAGUGGGACUGCAGUCUGAGGAGAUAAAGCAGAUUGCCUCAGAGUAUGCCGAGAAGCAAUCUGAGCUGUCGUCAGAGGACCGCACAGAGCGGUUUGGCCCGCUCCAGCAGCAUCGUAGGAUGGUGGCUUCGCUCAACAAACAGAUCCAGCAAAAUAAAAAACAACUAGAAGAGCUUGAGGCCAAACAUGCAGAGGUGAAGACGGCUUGUGAAGAGGCCAAGAGAAAGCUGGCGGAGGCUACAGAGCACACUGAGCAACUGGACAAAGACCUGAAGUCUUUAGAGGAGGGAGAGUUGCAGGCUGACAGCAGCCUAUUAGAGAAGAUGAGAGCUCUGGUAGCCAUGAACGACAACCUCAAGAACCAAGAACAAGAGUUCCGCACACACUGCAGAGAGGAGAUGGCCCGUCUCCAGCAAAAUAUUGAGGAUCUAAAGAUGGCUUCAGGAGAUGAUACAGAGGAAGAGAGGGAGAGGAAGCAGGUCAUAGAUAAACAGUACAACACAGACCGAGAGAAGCUGCAGAAGAUCCGCUUGCUCAUGGCUCGGAGGAACCGUGAGAUUGCCAUCCUGCAAAGGAAGAUCGACGAGGUGCCCAGUCGGGCCGAGCUGACCCAAUAUCAGAAGAGGUUCAUUGAACUGUAUGGCCAAGUCUCUGCAACACAUAAAGAGACCAAGCAGUUCUUCACCCUUUACAACACAUUAGAUGACAAGAAAGUGUAUCUUGAGAAGGAGGUGAACCUGCUGAAUUCCAUCCAUGACAACUUCCAGCAGGCGAUGUCAUCUUCAGGAGCCAAAGAACAGUUCCUGAGACAGAUGGAACAGAUUGUGGAAGGCAUCAAACAGAGUCGCAUCAAGAUGGAGAAGAAGAAGCAGGAGAACAAGAUGAGGAGAGAUCAGCUCAAUGAUGAAUACCUGGAGCUGCUCGACAAACAGCGACUUUACUUUAAAACUGUCAAGGACUUCAAAGAGGAGUGUCGGAAGAAUGAGAUGCUGCUAUCCAAGCUGAGGACAAAGGGUGCCUCAUAGCCCUGACCGCUCUUCUGUAUGAACAGUCUGUAUUUUGACCUUCACCUUCUCAAUAUUUCAACUGUAACUGGACCAUGCAUUUUCUUUGGGCUAAACCCAAUCAGUGAUCAGGGUUUGGUUUUUUUUGUCUUUGACAUUCCAUCCUCCGUGUCGGCAUAUUUUACAGUUGAUAAGAUUGUAAACAAAUUUUCUAGCUAUUUUUUGACUUGAAUAUAAACCACCGUGAAGUGUGUUCUGCCUUUUAGAUUUACUAAUGUGCCAUUCAUAUGUGCCAUGUGGAGCUGAUGAAGAAGCAGCAGUGGAUUUAAUCGGAAAGAUGUACUGUGAUUUUUAUUGUGUGCGAUUCUCACUUUGUUGAGAUUGAGUACUGGAAUGUUAUGCUUCACACAGCCUGAACAAAUAGUAACAUUUCCGUAAGCACAGGGUUUUGAAACUGGAAAGUUUGCAACCUCCAUGACCCAGAAUUUCAAAUCAAGUCUAGAAUUUUUUUUGUCCCAACUAAAGGACCAGGUUCAAUCCUCCAUGGUUAAACCUUAAAGUGUUAUGGACCAUGAUCCCCUCCUGUUCCCGGGGACCUGAAGACUUGGCUGCUCCUGUGCCCCAGAGGAUGGAAAGAAAACUUCCUUUAUUAGCAAUUGAAAAAAAGCUAAAAAAAAUAAAUAAAUCUAUAAGGUCUUGGAAAAGAUGUGGAAUUUUAAAAUGGAAAAUCUGUGGGAACCCCGUAGUUAAUUAGCCAUCAAGAUCCAUUGAAUCGUUCAAGUUUUCUUUGUCAUAGCUGUCAAUCUUUGCUCUGUUGGGGCUUAUUUCAACUCUGCUGGUGAGCAGACAUUCAUGAGUUUUUAGAACUACCUUAAUUCUGUAUGCAGUAGCAUUCAGCCCUCCAAAAGGUUUUCGAAAUAAAUAACAC